AUGGUCUCAAGCAAAUUUCUCACGGCAUUGAGUACUGCCACUAGCUACAUCAAUACACCAGUCGUCACACUAUCGGUCGGUCCUGACGGAGAACAUCACCAGGACCUUUUCGUCCACGAAGCUCUGCUCAUACACCGCUCUGAAUUCUUCGCCAACGCUCUGAAACCCGAUCGAUUCAAGGAAGGAUUCCAACGCCUUGUAUCGAUGCCCGAAGACGAGCCCGAUGUCGUUGCGCUUUACGUUCAAUUGCUUUAUCGCCCAGAUCUGUUCAGCGCCAAUACAAGCCUCACCAAGGAAGACCUUGAGUCCACCUUCACUGCUUUGGCUGAGCUGUACGCGUUCGCUGAGAAGGUCAUGGAUGCAACAACGAAAGGCAGCGUACUAGAGAUCUUCGACACUCUCACCACAAACCAUCUUUUUCCGGUUGAAGCGGCGCAGAUCAUCUACCACGGCACCUCGGAAGGUGAUCUCGCUCGCGCCGCAUUUGUGCAGUCCUUUGUGCGCAGCGGUCAAGAGCACUCACUCGACAAGAUCCGCGAUAAUGGACAUGCUGAUCUCUUUCGUGAUCUCGCUUUCGCCUUGAUCAAGCGCCAUGAAAAAUUGCCCAGCGACGGUCCUAUUGCCCGGCCUCGUAAAUUCGGAGGCUCAUUCGGAGGCUCAUCCACUCAUCCUUUAUCGAAAUUCCAUUUGAGCGACAGUGAAUGA